CCUAUGCGCUUGCUCGUUAAAAAGCGCGGGAAAGGGGGUUCCCCACUGAUCUCGUACGAAAUUGGGGGUUCCCCUAUACCAGCAGUUCUCAGAAUUCGAAUCUAUGCAAGAUGUCAGCCGUGUCCAACCAUGGCAUAGCUUUGGUUGUCUUUUCUUUGCGGAAAAAACUCCAUAUCUUAAAAAAAUGUAGUACGUAGCAGUAAAAUAACAUUACUGAGAAGAUGGCUUCACGGUACAAAGAGCUUUUGCUCAACAUUGCGCGAGAAAUAACACGCGAGGAAUUGGAGGAGAUGAAAUUUUUGUCUGACGAGUUCCUUCCAGACAUUAAACCAGAAUCUGUACUUAAAAGGGAGAUUCUUACGUUUUUUCGUGGGCUACAGAAUGCGGACCGACUUGGUGAAAAUAACUUGGACUGGCUGGAAUAUCUACUUGAAACUGUAAAAAGAGGUGAUCUUGUCUCAAUGUUAAAAAAUUUCCAGUCUACGAAUGAUGAUGCGAAGCAAGGUACAAAUUUAAGUGAAACCAACAAUCUCGAUCAGAGUCAAUUUCAAGCUCGUGAAAACAGUAGCAUAAAUAAGGAGGACAACAAGGACAAGGAGGACAACAAGGAGGACAACAAGGAGGACAACAAGGAGGACAACAAGGACAAGGAGGACAACAAGGAGGACAACAAGGACAAGGAGGACAACAGGGAGGAGUCAAACACUAAAGCAAAAGAGGUACAAAAAAAGGAUGUAACAGAUGAAGAUGCAGCCAAGAAAAGGAAAAGAGAGAAGAAAAGGAGACAAAAAGAGAAAAAGAAGGCUACCAAAAGCCUGUCUAAUGACAAAGAUGAUCGAUCAACCAAUGAGCCUUCGGCAACUGUUGAACAAGUCAGCCUCGAAGAGCAUCAAAAAAACCCUGAAAAAACUGGACAAGAAGUUCCAAAAGAUCAAGAACUAACUACUGAAGGAGCAAAAAACCAGGAAUUCUUAGAUGAAGAACGGCAUCAUGGAAAAGAAAAACGAGAAGUCCCUGUUGAACUGAAACAUGGUGUAGAGAAAAAAGGAGAAAUUCCUGGAAACUUCACACAAAAAGGCCAUCCUCAAACUGCUGAAGAACCGGAAGGUCAACCUUUAAGAGAUAAGACAGAGGACGCUAAAAAAGAGAGUCAAGCAGUAAAAGAUGAUAAAAUUAUAAUGGACACAGCAACGAAAAAGGAAAAAUUGGCGCAAAAGACUGAAAUAAGAAACAACGAUUGGACCAAAGUGAAAACGGCUGCAGGAGACCAAAAUAGCAGUGCUGAAGCUAGCGCUUCUCUCAGAAAGUUGUGCAUACUGUCACUCUGCAACAAAUGGCAAAGCUGGGGAGAGAGCAUACCAGUAAUUAAUCGAGAGCUCUGUUUGGCGUUGGCUCGAGCUGGCCAUAGAGUUGCCUGUUUAGUUCUUACGAUAUCGGAGCUGGACAAAGAAGAAGCAAGAAGAGGAAACGUAGAAUUGAUUCAGUGCACUGAAAAAUCUGGAAUCAAAAAAGACGACCCACAGCUUUUCUACCGUGAGCAACCUAUCCCGUUCUUACCAAAUCUUGUGAUUGGACAUGGAAGAAUCACGGGACCUGCAGCCGAACAUCACGCAGUGAAGUCGUCAUGCCCAAGGCUUCAUGUCAUUCACGACCUUCCAAAGGAAUACGUUAAGUAUGACGAAGUAGUAGAUGACCAGUGCAAUGAAGAGGAGUUGGCCAUGUCUGCAGAUUUUACCGCUGCUGUUGGUACUUUAUUGACAGAGAAGUGGAGUGCCUUGAUAAAUCGGGACGUCAUUGAAAUCAUCCCAGGACUUCCAGACCUAACUACGAGGAACCGCAUAUCUUCGCCCCAGUGUCGAUGUUUUGUGCCGGCUAAGUUCAGCUCACCAAUCGCAAGUGGAUUGAGAAUAGCGCUUAUGGCCGUUAAUAAUUCCAGCAAACGAGACGAAGAACGACCACGAAGAUCUACAAUCAUUGUCAGAAACACAGAUUCCAGUACUACGAAAACGCCUUCAAAGAUUUUGAAAGAGUGCGACAAAAGACAAGUCGAUUUGGUUGAACGACCAGGAAAUAACUGCCAAGAGGCAUACUUUGAUAUUCAAGGUGCUACGGUCUUUUUGUCGCCAGCAAAAGUAGAAGCAUUUGGUGUUGCCGCCCUAGACGCCAUGGCAAUUGGGAUUCCGAUUGUUAUCAGUGCACACAGUGGUCUUGCCUUCACGAUCCGUAAACAUUUCCAAGAGUUCCAUUGUUGCUUGAAGGAGCGAGGCGAGGAUGAUGACGAAGAUGCUGAUAUAUGGGCAAUAGAAAUUGACAAGGUAGCCGUGAAAACUGCAGAAACGUUUGCUGUUGCAGAUAAGCUUCGCUUGGAAUGGAAAGAAAGGUUUACGUGGGACAUGGUAGCAGAACAACUCAUGACUAUCAUAGUUAAUUCUGGUAAAAUCUCUCCAUCUCCAGCGGACCAGCUAAUCAGUGUCCUAACUAGACAUGUAGCGCCUUCGUGUCUUGAUUUGGUAAAGGAUCUAAAUCUCUUCGAUAAGCGGCAAAAGUGUGUCUUGUUCUUAUCACCAGAAGAUCCUCACCAGUUACAGGAGGCUGCUCAUCUGGGACUUGUUCACUGGGCUGCUGUUUUCGAUUUUGAUCGAGAAAGUGCCACAAAUGGAUAUCUAAAGAGCUGUGAACCUUUACUUCAAAGCAUUGGCAAGCCAGCAUGCCGAAUGAUACCUCCGUUUAAGGAGGAGAUAGGAAAGGAAACAAGCCAAAACCAGACCUUGCCAAAUGGCAUUCCGUGGAUCCUGCUUCACGGUUUACCAAAAAUGGAGAUAAAUAUUGGCGGUAAUCUAGACUGGAUUCAAGAAAUCUUAAAUCUCGUGAAGAAGAAGUAUCCCAAUCCUAUUACCAUUCUUAUCAUUUGGAAACCAACUGAGGAAAAUAAGAAUCUUUGCAAGGUGCUCUGCAAAAUUCUAACCUUGGUGCAAGCGUCUCCUUCUUGGAAAAAUUCAGUCCAACUUAAAAUCCUGUCCACAACAGAUACUGCUGACAGCAGGCUUGAGGAUAUUGCUGAUGAGUGGGGUGUGCAGUGUAAGAACAUUAACAUCUCGCAAUUUUGCAAAGCCAUAUAUAGCACUGCGAUUUCCAAUCCUCUGUAUCAAGUUGAUCCGGAUUUUUCGCUUCCAAAAGCUAAUGUCAACGGUACCACUGGUGAUGUUACUUGUGCAACUCUUCCUUCUUCCAUGAGAUGGGUAGAUUCGGUGCUAGAAGUUCUCUAUACCUCUAUUGGGAACACCCCUGAAUUUGGAAAAGAUGAUGCUUAUCAUUUCUACAGAGGAGGGAAGAUCUCGUGGUACGGAAUAGAAAUGAAUUAUGCAGUGGAAAGAGAAUCAUGGGAGCGUUUGAAAAAUAGCAUCGAGGAAGAAUUGGGAUAUGCAGGUGCCGCCUCUUACACACUUUUCCAUCAACGAGGGACGGGAGGAACCACUUCAGCCAGGAAGCUUCUUUAUGACUUCCACCUUCGCUAUCCGUGUGUCUGCCUCAAGACCAUAAAUUAUGAAACGUUUUUGGCUAUCAGUGAGAUAUGGAAAUUUUGUUCGCUUCCUGUUAUCAUACUUGCAGAUAUCAAAGAUGUUUCUGGAUCAGACGACAAUGACAUACAAGCCUUGUUUGGAAACCUUUCCAAUGAAAAGGUAUCUUGUUUAAUCCUGCACAUUGUUCACCGCCACCAAGUCGACAGAAUAAGUGAUAAAGAACCAAGGAAGAAGGAAGCAAAUAUUUUGGCAAAACACUUGACAGAAAAAGAAAUGAGAAACUUUGUUGAAGUGUACUCUUUGCAGUGCCCUCUGAAAACCUCAGAACUAGCUAAAUUGAGGAAUGCUGAUCGUCAAAUGCAAAUUCCUUUUUACUAUGGGCUGGUGGCCUUCGAAGAUCGAUUCAAGGGACUGGAGCCGUAUGUAAGUGAUAGUUUGCAAGGACUCAAUGAUGCGCAGAGAACUGCAUUAUGCUUCCUCAGCAUGGCUUAUCAGUAUGCCCGCAAAGAGUUGCCUUUGAGUGCGCUUGCUCCCAUCUUCAAGCUUAAACCUAGGCAGCUCCAUUCAAUUGAAGAUAUUUUAAGUCCAGAGUCAAUUGAGCUUCUUAUUGAAGAAGAUGGAUGCUGGAGACCUCGCCACUUCACUAUAGGAAUGGAAAUACUACGCCAGCUGCUAACUGUACCAUUUAAAAUUCAUCGCGAUAAUUGGAAGCGUAAUUUGGCAGACAAAGCAUUAGAGUUCGUUUCGUGCAUGGAAGAAGAGAUCACUAGUGAAAUUCUUCUAAAUAGAAUUUCUGAUGAGAAAACGCAGAAGCACUUUUCGUCCCUAGUGGAAGACAUACCAGAGAGUGAAGACGUGGUGAAUCUCUUCAAAAAGGCUAUCAGUAUCCACCCAAAAAAUCCAUACUUCAAGGUCCAUCUUGGUCGUUACUACAGCGUUAAAAAGGGAAUCGAAGGCUUCAAGGAAGCUCUCCAAUAUACUGAUGAAGGUAUUCUACUUGCUUCGGGAAAGUCGAAGAAUGUCCGUAGCCAGCUAACUCAGAUGAGAGGUAUAGUUUACAAAAGACAAGUUAAAAACCUGAUAGACAUAGAAGCAGACCUAAUGGAAAUCAUUUCAUUGGCCGAAGAAGGAGUCAAAUCCUUUACAAGAGCUGUCAGCAUUUCUUCCGAUAAACCCGAAGAUUUUUACAUCCCCCAAGUAAGAAUGAUGUGUGAUGUUUACAGAUAUAUCAAUCAUAUUUACGAAGGCGGAGUCUUUGAGUACUCAAGGCUGCCUAAUGCUCAUCGCUUGAUCAUAGACGGAGUUUCAGGUGAAACUUCUGAUAUUUUGGAAUCUGUUUCCGAAAGCAUUUUCUAUCCCGAUUUGCGACGAGAACUAUUUAAGCUUGGGAUGUACCGUGCUGGCACCAAUAGAGUUGAAGAUAAAGCAGGUCUUAUCAAACAUCUUCAAAAGCUCAAGAAAACAUCCAAAGCAAGCACAGCGCCUAUUAACCGGCAAAUCGUUCUCAUUAAACUAGAUCAGUGCAAAGAGAAAAAUAAAUCAAUAUCUGAAAUUGCAGAAGAGUCGAAACAACUUCUCGAGGAAGCAUUGAAGUACGACAAAAAGAUUGAUCUGACCAUGCGCCUUUGGGUAAAAGUGGCCCCUCAUAUUCCAGUGGAUUUGCAGACAGCAGAAAGCAAGAUAGCAGCCUGGUGCAAUAAAGGAAAGACGGCUCUGGCAUAUCUCUACCGAUACAUUUUUACGUGCAUUCGAAUACUAGAGGGUGGUAGAGAUCAGCGAUUUGAAGAUGAAAGAAUGUCUGCUCGAGAUGAUCUUUCAAAGUUAGUCCGUGAUACUAGUCGGAUUAACUUGAGGCACGCAGACCGUCCAGUAGUUUUCCUUGGAACAGCAAAAGGAAUGGGUCAGAUUGUGACAUUAGAGCGAGAAAGCGUGAAAGAGGUUAGGAAGCAGCGUACCAUUCCAGAUACCAACGCCAGCCAACUACGCAGACUGACUGGAAUCAUUAUCAGCACGGGCAAAGUUGGACGAAUUAAAGCUGCUGGUCUCACCAUCUCAUUUCGUGCAGAUUUAUGCCAGCCUCCCCUCGUUGGAGAAUCCAACCUCAACAAGAAGGUCCGUUUCUAUCUCGCAUUCACCUAUUUUGAAACAGAUGCUUACAAUGUAAAAAUUGUGGCAGAAUAAUAGCAUUGCCGGUAUUAAUUACUACUAAUCGAUGCUAAAUAAAAAACAAGAUAGACUUACUCGGGAUCGAAAUCACACGACACGCUACCCUUUAGCAUACAUUGGAAUAGAGUUUGGCCAACCCUCUUGGAAAGCCAUCCCUGCCGGGAGACUCUACAUACCAAGACCAUGUACCACUUGGCACGACGAAGUAAGUGAAAGAAAUUCAUCAUAAAAGAAAAAUAUCAGUGGUGGCAAGAAAACCCAAACAAAGAAAAAACCAUCAGAAAAAUGGAUACUUUUGUUCAGUUAUAAGUCUUAGAAAUUGAACUCUCAGAAGCUAGAUUUGCUAAUUUUAUAUAUGUAUAUAAUUACCAGUUGCUAGUCAUAGAUUUGCACAAGUAAACUAACAUUUGUAAAAAAAAAAAUCAUAGUGAAACACUAUAUAACAUUUUUUCAGUGAAUGCAGUAUAACCAUAUUAACCAUUAUUUUUUGAUAGUCAACAUUUUUUGAGCUAAAAUGUUCUGCAGCCUACAAGACUAUUGCUUUUGUCUGUAUUACUAUUACUAUUCAAAACGUAUAAUCGUAAAAUAAAGUGUUUAGCUGCACA